GUCCAGUUUCAUCAACUCUGUCCACAGUGUCGUAAAAGAGAGAAUGUACAGACAGGCUUUGGUGGACAACACCUUUCGUGGCUGUUACACCAGAAAGUACACGACCUACAAGAUUCAAAAAGACCCAGAGACCUUUUGCCCUUUUGUCUUAAAUGACAUCAUGGGCCUGGGUCCAAUCAAAGGUGUCUCUGUGGAUGAUGUCAAACUGGCUCUGAAGGGACGCGUUAAGGAAGGUUAUGAGUUUAAUUUUGAAUCAACGCUGUCAGAGAAGGAUCCUAAAUUUUACAACAAACAUCCGACUGCCAAUGACAAAGUGCAUGUUAUGGUUUGUGUCAUUGAUGCCAACACAGUAGCUAACAUGACUGACAAAAUUGUGAAGAAGAUUCGCGAGAUCAGGACUGAAGCCAAUAAACUAAAUAUUCCUCAAGUGGCCAUUUUCACCAAGAUUGAUGAGGCCUGUCCUGAAAUCAAAGAAGAUGUCAAGAAUGUCUACAAGGUCAAGUCCCUGAAGGAGAAGAUGGAGAAGUUCAGUGGAGAUGUGGGAAUUCCCAUGAACUGCAUCUUCCCUGUGGAGAACUACCAUGACGAAAUCGACCUCAACAGUGACAUUGACUCGCUGAUCCUGAGUGCCCUGAAACACAUCAUCAACUUUGGAGAUGAUUGCAUCAACUUCCACAAGAGUCCAAAAAAUGAAAUUUGGAGGUCAAUAAACUGGGGAGACAAACAGAGACAGAAGGAUCUGCAGUAUGUGAAGGACUAUAAACCUCAGACUGAAGGCCAGCAGCUCAGGAUUCUUCUUCAUGGACCAGUUGGAGCUGGAAAGUCCAGUUUCAUCAACUCUGUCCAAAGUGUCGUAAAAGAGAGAAUGUACAGACAAGCUUUGGUGGACAACACCACUCACGGCUGUUACACUAAAAAGUACACAACCCACAAGAUCCAAAAAGACCAACAGACCUUUUACCCUUUUGUCUUUACUGACAUAAUGGGCCUGGCCACGGACAAAGGUGUCUCAGUGGACGACGUCAAACUGGCUCUGAAGGGACGCGUGAAGGAAGAUUAUGAGUUUAAUCCUCAAUCAACAUUGUCAGAUGGUAAUUCAUUCUACAACAAACAUCCGACUACCAACGACAAAGUGCAUGUUCUAGUUUGUGUCAUUGAUGCCAACACAGUAGCUAACAUGACUGAAGAAACUGUGGCGAAGAUUCGCAACAUCAGGAUUGAAGCCAGUAAACUGAAAAUUCCUCAAGUGGCCAUUUUCACCAAGAUUGAUGCGGUUUGUCCUGAAAUCAAAGAAGAUGUCAAGAAUGUCUACAAGGUCAAGUCCCUGAAGGAAGAGGUCCCGAUGCUGAAAAGGGAACAGCGAAAAGACCCUAACCCUGAAAUGGAGAAGUUCAGCGUAAAUGUGGGAAUUCCAAUAAACUGCAUCUUCCCUGUGAAGAACUACCAUGAAGAAAUCGACCUCAACAAUGAGGUUGACUCACUUAUCCUGACCGCCCUGAAACACCUCAUCAACUUCGGAAAGGAUUGCAUCAACUUCCACAGUCCAAAAAUUGAAAUUUGGAGGUCAAUUAACUGGGGAGACAACCAGAGUGAUCUGCAGUAUGUAAAGAACUAUAAACCUCAGACUGAUGGCCAGCAGCUCAGGAUUCUUCUUCAUGGACCAGUUGGAGCUGGAAAGUCCAGUUUCAUCAACUCUGUCCAAAGUGUUGUAAAAGAGAGAAUGUACAGACAAGCUUUGGUGGACAACACCUCUCAAGGAGGUUUCACUAAAAAGUACACAACCUACAAGAUUCAAAAAGACCAACAGACCUUUUACCCUUUUGUCUUAAAUGACAUCAUGGGCCUGGCCCCGGACAAAGGUGUCUCUGUGGACGACGUCAAACUGGCUCUGAAGGGACGCGUGAAGGAAGAUUAUGCGUUCAAUCCUGAAUCAACGUUGUUGGAGAAUAAUCCAUUCUACAACCAACAUCCGACUACCAACGACAAAGUGCAUGUUCUGGUUUGUGUCAUUGAUGCCAACGCAGUAGCUAACAUAACUGAAAGAAUUGUGAAGAAGAUUUGCGACAUCAGGAGUGAAGCCAGUAAACUAAAUAUUCCUCAAGUGGCCAUUUUCACCAAGAUUGAUCAGGCCUGUCCUGAAAUCAAACAAGAUGUCAAGAAUGUCUACAAGGUCAAGUCCCUGAAGGAGAAGAUGGAGAAGUUCAGUGUAGAUGUGGGAAUUCCAAUAAACUGCAUCUUCCCUGUGGAGAACUACCAUGACGAAAUCAACCUCAACAAUGACGUUGGCACGCUGAUCCUGAGCGCCCUGAAACACAUCAUCAACGUCGGAGAUGAUUGCAUCAACUUCCACAAGAGUCCAAAUGUUGAGCCAUAUACGUCAGAAAAUAAGCCUAACACUUGUUAACACAAUGUGGGUAAGGUUUUGAUCUUAAACAGUAAUUUCAGUUUAUUUCAACCUUUCAACCCAAUGUCAAAGAUGUUGUUUACAUCAGUCACUUAGACACAAAAACAUAGGAAAUUAAUAAGAUAACUUUAAAAUUAGAUAUAUUUACUAGAGCUGUCAACAUUAAUGCAAAUUCCUUUUAACGACACAUGGAUAAAAAAAAAGGGUCUUUUGAAUGGCAAGUUGAGUAGGGUUGGGCAUUGAGAACCGAUUCCUACUUGGAAUCGUUCCAAAAAUUACAAUUCCACCAGGAUCUUUUCUUUAUUAGAAUUGUUUCUUUAUUGGAAUCAUUUGGAGGAUUUGGUUUCAAAUCCGAUCAUCGUUUACAAAUUUAACAUGCGCAAGUUUUGGUUUCCGUAGCAGCCAGGCGCUUGUUGUGUUGCAGCCAUGGAGCACAGUAAGCGGUGCCCUAAUCUGGCUUCAUUUUACGCAAACCACUAUUGAAUCAAAAUAAAACUUUCCUCUUAUUUGAGAAAUAGGCAUGUGACCCGUUUCAACUCCAACCCUCAAAGAACCGGAAACAAGAAUUGAUAAGAACAGGAAUUGAAAGGAAGAAUCGGAUUUGGGGACUCAGAAUUGUUAAAAUUCAAACAAUGUCCAACUAGGGAUGGGCGAUAUGGCCUAAAAUCCAUAUAGUAUGUAGUGUUGACAAUAUUGAUUGUGCAAAACUGUAAUUAUACAACAUAAUGUUUCAGAUAAAUAAAAUUCAAGUACACUAGUUGCAGAGACAUUU